GAAAAAGUGAACAAUAUAUGUCCUCAACAUGGAAGAGACAGUGUGGUGGGAAAUAAACUGUGUGACGGUUCAAUUCUAGUUUCAGUUCCCUAGCUAUUAACUUUGUUUUCUACUCUGAAUUAGUUGGCUUUGCUUAUUUAAAGCAGGACUAUGUAACGAAACAUAUUCUUCCUCUUACGAAAGAAAAAUUGUAGUCAUACGCAGUAAAACACACUCUUGCUUAAUACACUCAGAGGAUUCAUUGCUGCAGCCUUAAUUGCUCCCGUAAGACCAGUAGCCUUCUGGUUGCUAAUGUUAGCUAAUGUUAGCAAACUUCAGAUAGAUAUUGCUGUGUGAUUGAUAACACUGAGUCAGUUCAUGGACUAUAUGACUCUUUAAAACACCACUGGGUACUAGAUCACAGUCAGAAAUUGCAUCUUUGAAGUAACUAGAAUGUCAAAAGUGCUGUUUAUUUCUGAGCCACAGGAAACACUUCUGUUUUCUUACAGCGAAGGUUCCUGUGGCGAUCACUGAGACCCCGGGCUUAAACAUCUCCAAGCACGGAAUAGUACCAACUCUUCAGCCCCAGAGUCGCUUCUCCAUAUGGCUGACAAUUGGUCUCUUGUUUUUUUUCCUGCUUGCUCAUGGCUUUAAUCCCCAUUGUCGUGUGUGUCCUGCGCAGAAACUACACUAAACUCAGGUCUGACCAGGAUGUGGAGCUUUUGCCGAUGAACACUGAAUUUUCCUACAGACGUGCACAGGAAGUGGAGGUUGCACCCCAGCCGGCCAACACGGUGGAGGGUGUUGUCCAGUUGUUGGAGGGGCUCAGCGGCAGGCUGCUGGAGAGUCUUAAGGAGGUUCUGGUAGAGAGAAACACGCUCACCCUGGGCAAGGAGUUUGGCAAAGGAGAGUUUGGCUCAGUCUAUGAAGGGGUCUUUACACCAGACGAAGGUGUAAACAUCAAGGUGGCUGUGAAGACCAUGAGAGUUGGAAUCCACAGCCAGGAAGAUUUACAUGACUUUUUGAGAGAGGCAGAGAUCAUGAAGAACUUUGAUCAUGAAAAUGUGGUCCGUCUACUCGGGGUUACUUUACAAAGAGAGCAGGACUCUCCUCUGCCUGUCCCUCUGGUCAUCCUGCCUUACAUGAAACAUGGAGACAUGCGCCGCUUCCUCAUUGCAACACGAUAUGGUGAUAUUCCUAUGUUUGUGCCCCUUCAGAGUCUCCUGCGCUUCAUGAUUGACAUUGCAUCAGGGAUGGAAUAUCUGAGCUCGCAGGGGUUCCUGCACAGAGACCUGGCUGCACGCAACUGCAUGCUGGGUGAUGACCUUAGGGUGUGUGUGGCUGACUUUGGUUUGUCCAAGAAAAUCUACAGCAGCAAUUAUUAUCGUCAAAAAGUAGCUGUCCGUGUGCCAAUCAAGUGGAUGGCCAUGGAGAGCCUGUCUGAGUCUGUCUACACCUCCAACAGUGACGUGUGGUCAUUCGGGGUGACUAUGUGGGAGAUUGUGUCCCGGGGCAGGACUCCCUAUCCUGGAGUGAGCAACCACGAGCUGCUGGAGCUGCUGCUGUCCGGACACAGGCUCAAACCGCCCGAGGACUGUGACCACAAGCUUUAUGAAGUCAUGCAGAGCUGCUGGGAUAAGGAGCCGAGCCGCAGGCCUGGCUUCGGGGAACUGGGCGAGACACUAAAAGGUCUUCUGUCGGAACUGCCAGUGCUGGAGGCCAGCCAGGAGGCCAGCUACAUCAACCACGGCCUGGAGGUUGCUGCUGCUGCUGCUGACUCUCUGGAUCCACCCACAGAAUCUGAGGGAAGAUGGGAAAAUGACUACCAGCCUACUCCUGUGGGUGCUGCUGCAGCCAGAGAUGGGGAUGAGGAAGUAGUGGAUGGCUACCUUAAAUAUAUGAUUGGCUCAGCAGUUAAGGGGGAAGAUAAUCAGUAAAAAAAACAGUGAUUUUUUAAAGUUACAAAAUUGAAUUCUGUAUCAAAGUGGACCUCUCAUGAACUGUGUGUGUGUGUGUGUGUGUGUGUGUGUGUGUGUGUGUGUGUGUGUGUGUGUGUGUGUGUGUGUGUGUGUGUGUGUGUGUGUGUGUGUGUGUGUGUGUGUGUGUGAGGCAGAGAUGUUGUUUGUGUGUAUAAACUGCUCUGGGACAUUAGGGUGGCACAGGCUGCCCUCAUCCAAUUGACCUCCCUUAAUAAAUACACUGUAGAAGUUGAUAUAGAUUGAAUGACAGAGACCAAAAUCCAUUUUGUAUUUUUGUUUUGUUUUGUAAAUCUGUAAUAUACAUCUGUUACUAAAACAUAUCUGUUUGAACUUGUUUUCACAAGUUUAUGAAAUAAAUGAAUAAAGUUCAACAAUAUAUUUUUUAA